AUGGCGACUUUCGACGAUACAGCGCUGUCGAAAUUGACAGCUAAAAUCGACAGCAAGCUCGCCGAGUCCAAGAAAACCCCAGAGAAGAAGGACCAGGGCAAGAGGAAACGGGACCAAAUAGGAGAUGCUGUCCAGUCGCCACCUAAUAAGAGGAAAAAUAUAUCAAAGCCCAACGAUAACAAGAAUAAUCGCAACCCAAAGAAGACUCAAAAACCAACUGGUACUUCCGAGAAAGCCAGCUCUAGUACCCUUCUCGAUGAAAUUAGAGCUCUUGGGGGCGACGAGGAAGACCUAAAGUUAGUAGAAGAUGUAAAUUCCGAGGAUGAGGAACCCAGCAAUGUGAAAAGCAAGAAGGGCGCAGACAAGGGCCUUCGAGCUGAGUUAGCUAAAUUUGCUGCUGGUCUCGGUUUCGACGACGUGGGACCGGAGCCUGAUGCCGAAGAAGCCGACGGUGUCGAUGAAGACGAAAGUGAAGAUGAGGACGGCAAUGAUGGCGAGGCCGAAGAAAAACCUCCACAAGAUCCGAAAAGAAAGACGAUCUUUGAACUUCGUCCUGACUGGCAUGCUGUUAGUUUAAAAUCUCUGCCGACUCCGGCAUCUGAUGAUGUAGCCGCCUACGCACCAGCAAUAGCCGAGUUAAAGGCCUAUGCCAAAUCUCUCUUGGACGAGGAUAGUACGGCAUACAAUAAGACUCUGUCUAAAUCGUCAUCUCACAAGUUCAUGUCUACCAUAAUGUCUUCGGGUACGAUGUCGGAUAAGGUAUCCGCCUUAACUCUGGCUAUCCAGGAAUCCCCCAUACAUAAUAUUAAAGCCCUUGAGAACCUGAUAGGGCUUUCUGCAAAAAGGAGUCGUGGGCAGGCCCUCUCUGCUCUCGCUGCUCUAGUGGACUUGUUUGGACCCGGAAUGAUUUUACCAUCGGAUAGACGGCUACGUCUUUUUCCUUCGCAAUUAGGUCUCGUCGGAACUCUCCAAAAGUAUGGCGUGAAAAGAUGGUCUGCUGGCCAAAAAUUGCCAGGAAAAAUCACCAAGGAGCACCUUAUAUCGUGGAUAUUUGAAGACUGGCUAAAAGAGUCCUAUUUCAAGAUUAUCCAAAACCUCGAAGUUUGGUGCGAUGAUGAGAUUGAAUAUGCUCGAACCAAGGCUGUCGAUUUAGCAUUCGCAUUGUUGCGAGACAAACCCGAACAGGAAUCCAAUCUCCUACGACUUCUCGUAAAUAAGCUUGGCGAUCGCGAGCGUAAGAUUUCCUCGAGAGCUUCUUAUCUGCUCUUGCAACUCUUAAACACCCAUCCUGGAAUGAAGCAAAUAGUCAUUCGCAGCAUCGAACAAGAUAUCCUGUUUCGACCCGGACAGCAAAUACGCGCCAAGUACUACGCCAUCAAUACGUUAAACCAGACUAUUCUAAGCACCAAAGAACCUCAAGUCGCAGAUUCUCUGCUGAACAUAUACUUUGGUCUGUUUGUUGCCCUACUCAAGAGUGGUGAACUCAGUCAGCAUGAUGGAAACCCCGAUACCUCUAAGAGGGAUAAACGCAAGCAGAAGAAGAACCCAAAGCAAACGAAGAAGACUGAGGAUAAGACUCAGGCUAGCCCGAGCGAUCGAGAAGCCGCCGAAAAGCUUGUCUCUGCAAUUCUUACCGGAGUGAAUCGAGCUGUGCCGUUUUCACAAGCUGAACAGUCUACACUCGAGUCACACCUAGAUACGCUUUUCCGCAUUACACAUUCCUCCAACUUCAACACUAGUAUUCAAGCUCUUAUGCUUAUUCAGCAACUCUCAGCCACCCGACACCUUGCUACCGAAAGAUUCUAUCGGACUCUGUACGAGUCGCUACUAGACCCGCGUCUAAGCACCUCUUCUAAGCAGGCCUUAUACCUGAACCUUUUGUAUAGAAGUUUGAAAUCUGACGUGGAUGUCCGCCGUGUGAAAGCAUUUGUCAAGAGGAUGUUACAGGUCUUGAAUUUGCACCAGCCUUCCUUCGUUUGUGGUAUCAUUUAUCUUAUAAUCGAUCUUUGCACAACGUUUCCAGACUUAAAAACGCUUAUAAAUGAGCCGGAGGAGCAUGAUGAAGCUGAAGCGGUCCCGGGGGUGGCAUCAGAUGCCCCAACCGAGACAGCAGUCGUCGAUGGGCCGGAAGCCCAGUCGAAGAAGGUCGAGGGCGUUUAUGAUGGGCGAAAGCGAGACCCCGAAUAUAGCAACGCGCAUCGCAGUUGUCUCUGGGAGCUCAUACCGUUCCUACGGCAUUUUCACCCUUCUGUGGAUGUCUAUGCAUCAUGUCUUAUAAACGGACAGGAGGCUGCUCAAAAGCCCGAUCUGGCUAACCACACGCUCAUAGCAUUCUUGGACAAAUUCGUCUACCGCAAUGCAAAGGCUGCCGACGCGACCAAGGGUGUAUCUAUUAUGCAACCUGUCACUGCAAGCGGUCAAGGAAGCAUCUUGCUAUCGAGUAAACCUUCGGCCAAGGCAGCAGGAAGCACCUUGAACUCGGCGGAAUUCUGGAACAAGAAGAGUGAGGAUGUUGCUGUGGAGGAUGUCUUCUUCCAUGAAUACUUUACGCGGAUAGGCAAGUCCGAACAGGCUGAGCGCAAGAAAUCGAAGGCAGACAAGAAAGAGGGAGAGGGCGAAGAGGAUGAAGAGGAACAGGAAGACGAAAUCUGGAACGCGCUCGUGGCAUCUCGACCAGAAGUGGAAGGCGACUCGGAAAGCGAGCCCGGCUUUGACGAUCUAAUGAGCCUCGACGAGUCUGACGAGGAGUUUAAGAAGGAGAUGGCAGAGAUGGAUGAGGGAGAAGGUUCGGAAGACGAAGACGGAGUCGAGUUCUGGGACGACUCGGAGGGUGAUGACGAGGAAGGAGAGUCGGAGCUACAACAAGCGCCUGUAGCCAAAGAAGAUGAGGAGAAAGAAGAGUCGGACCGCAAGAAGAGGAAGAAGGCUCUCAAGAACUUGCCUACCUUCGCGUCUGCCGAUGAUUAUGCGGAGUUGCUUGCUCAGGAUGACGAUGAUUUGUAA